AUGGGCGUUGUCCUCCGUCUCCACCACCGUCGUUUCAUCCCAACUCUCACCGUCUUUGCUCUCCUCCUCCUUUUAUCCCCCUCCUCCUCCGCAUCUUCUCUCAACAAUUUCAGUGAAAGGCUUGGGCGGGGGGCUGGUUUACCGGGUCGGAUCGUUGAUCAGAAGCGGUUAAGUAGGCCAGGCUCCGCGCCUCCGAGGUGUAGAUUGAGGUGUGGGAACUGUGAGCCGUGUCAAGCAGUUCGCGUUUGCAUUCAACAAGGUUUGAUUACGCCAUUGGAGUAUUACCCGGAAGCUUGGCGCUGCAAGUGUGGCGAAAGAACCUUCAUGCCCUAA